AUGUUUUACCCCUUUGCUCUAGCCGGGAAAAAAGUUGUCAUUGGUUUAAGUGGUGGAGUUGACUCAGCCGUGGCAGCCUAUCUCUUAAAAAAAGAGGGUUGUGAGGUGAUUGCUAUUUUUAUGCAAAAUUGGGACAAUUAUUUAGAUUUAGAAAAAGGUCUCACUCCUAAUCCAGACAUUUUAUGUAAUAGCAUUAUCAAAUUUCGUUAUUUUGUUGAAUAUGCAGAAAAACACUUUAAACCUGAUUUUAUUGCUACUGGUCAUUAUGCUAAAAUUAUCAAAAAAAAAUGCGAAUGCAUUACUUCUUUAAACUGUUUUCACUCCGAAUAUUUUUUAACUAAACCAAGAGAUAGAGUCAAAGACCAAACCUAUUUCCUUUGUCAAAUUAACUCUUCCUUAUUAGGCAAAUUAAUUUUUCCUCUUGCUGAUUUAACUAAAAAAGAGGUUCGUCAAAUUGCGGAAGGAAUAGGUUUGGUUAACGCUAAAAAAAAAGACUCUACUGGUAUUUGCUUUAUUGGCGAGCAGAAAUUUGCUAACUUUUUGGCAAAUUAUUUUCCUAAAAAGGAAGGUGAAAUAAUUGAUAUUGACAGCAGAAAAGUUCUCGGACAGCACUCUGGAAUUUAUUAUUUUACUAUUGGACAAAGGCGAAAUUUAAAUCUGUCAGGACAAAAAAAUCCCUAUUACGUGGUAGGGAAAAGUUUAGAAAGAAAUAUAAUUUACGUGGCCGGUGGUUGA